CUGAAGCAGCGAAACCGCCCAACUCCGGAGAAUGGUACGGUGACCAAUAAGUUGCAGUCUACCGAGCACGGUCUUGCAAAUUGAUUUGUCGCCGCUCCCUCGUCGUCGAAAACCGCAAAUCGAAACCCGACGAGCAUUGGUGAAGUGGUCGCACGCCGGAUCUGCUUCCACUGAGGGCCACGACUCCUCCCAAUUUCGACGAAUCCUGCAAAGGAAAAGCAAAAGACGACAGCAAAUUUGUUCUCUACGAUCCCUUCACAGCAAUUUCUUUCUUCCCCUACGAUAAUCAACAUCUUUCAACAUGGCGGCGGGUAGCGCACGCAUUGUGCGAUACAUCCUGAUCGCCUUUUUUCUGGUAGCAUUGUGGUAUUUCGUUUCCUCCUCGUCCUACGAAACUAUCGGCGUGAACAGCCCCAUCGGUUUCCCGAGCACAGGAAAGACAGGUAGCAGCGAAACAAGUGGCGGCAGCGGCGUCGUCAAGGAACAGGAGGAAGAGAAUACACCUCCAAGCAAACCUCAUACCGGCGGCACCCAACAGCAGGACCUGGGAUCGAGCCCUCUUGUUACGCAACCCGGCAACCCGCAAUGGGAAGACUUGACCAGCAUUGCGCCAGGCCCGCGCAUGAACGCGACCUUCGUGACCCUGGCCCGCAACUCUGAUGUCUGGGAAAUCGCGCGAUCGAUCCGCCAGGUCGAGGAUCGCUUCAACCGCCGCUACAACUAUGACUGGGUGUUCCUAAAUGACAAGCCCUUCGAUUCAACUUUUAAAAAGGUGACCUCGUCGCUGGUGUCAGGCAAGACGCACUAUGGCGAGAUCCCCGAGGAGCACUGGUCUUACCCGGCCCAUAUCGACCAGGAGAAGGCUAAGAAGGUGCGUGAGGACAUGAGAGAGCGCAAGAUCAUCUACGGCGACUCUGUCAGCUACCGCCAUAUGUGCCGGUUCGAGUCCGGUUUCUUCUUCCGCCAGCCACUCAUGAUGAACUACGAUUACUAUUGGCGCGUUGAGCCCAGUGUCGAGCUCUUCUGCGACGUCCACUAUGACCCCUUCCGCCUGAUGCACGAGCAGGGCAAGAAAUACAGCUUUGUUCUCAGCCUGUACGAAUACGUCGAGACCAUCCCGACCCUUUGGGAGAGCGUCAAGAAGUUCAUGAAGAACCACCCUGAGCACAUUGUCAAGGACAACUCUCUUGGUUUCCUCAGCGAUGACGGGGGCGAGUCUUAUAACCACUGCCACUUCUGGUCCAACUUUGAGAUUGGCAACCUGAACUGGUUGCGCUCUCAGGCGUACCUCGACUACUUUGAUGCGCUGGACAAGGACGGUGGUUUCUUCUACGAGCGCUGGGGCGACGCUCCGGUGCACUCGAUCGCUGCCGGUCUCAUGCUCAAGAAGGAAGAAAUCCACUUCUUCAACGACAUUGCAUACUAUCACGUUCCAUUCACACACUGUCCCACAGGCGAGAACGUUCGAACACAACUCCACUGCCACUGCAACCCGAAGGACAAUUUCGACUGGAAGGGUUAUUCAUGCACAUCAAGAUUCUUUGAGAUCAAUGGCUUAGACAAGCCGGAAGGGUGGGAGAACCAGUCUGAUUAAACCAGGCCGGUGGCAUGCGUGCAUCUUUGUUGUGACCUACGCCAUUUUUGUAGUUUUUCUUACUUCUUUGAAGACUUUGCUCACGAGCACAUUUCACAUUAUGCAUCAACUGGAAGGCAACGGAAAAAGGAGAUCCGAAAGGCGUCUGGGCGACUGACUGACUGCAAGACCGGACUGGGUAAUCUGGAGCAGUCCUUAAAGGACCUGGUACAUGCGAGCAAACAAUCGAGCAUUUUAGCUAUCUGAGCUGCAUGGAUGUCUUGUUCUGCGUCUUAGAGACCUCAAUGUACACCUGCAUUACGAUGCAGUCAAAGGC